AUGAUGGAGGAAUCGACUGUUGUGUCACCCGUAAAACCCCACGUGGAAUCACCUCAAAGCAUCGAGAAUGUAGUAGUAGCAGCAAUGAGAUCAUCUAUCCCCAUAGCAAGUGAUAUGGACGAGAGAGAGAAGAGCUUGAUAAGAACGCAGCAAGAAACGCAUCAGCUUAAUGAAGACGGCAUCGAGUCGGAUAAAGCUCAUACGGAUACUGACAAUGAGGAAGAAAUGGAGCAACAUAAGAAGGAGCAACAUAAGGAGGUUAUGUCAACGUUAGUGGAGACGUUGAUAGUGGAAUCUACAAGUCUUGAAGAGGAGAAUGGAGAGUGUAAGACGUCUAUGGGGCAACCUUUAGCGAAGGAUAUUAGAGAGAAAGAUGUGUGUGUAGCUAUGGAAGAGCAGAGUGAAAAGAAUGUGGAAGUGGAUGUACAAAAGGAGACUAUAGAGGAGCAAAAGAAGGAGAAUGUUGCUGAGGUGGUUUGGGUGGUGCAGUCACCACUACAGUCGACUGCUGUGAAGACUGUUGCUGCUAAAGAAGUGGAGGUGCACAGUGAGAUGAAAGUACAGAAUGAAGUUGAGCUGAAGGUGGUGCCUAAGGUACAGAAUGGAAUAAAGGCUAAAGUGCAGAAUGAAGUGGUGCCUAAAGUGCAGAAUGAAGUGGUGCCUGAGGUACAGGAUGAAAUAAAGGCUAAAGUACAGGAUGAAGUGGUGCCUAAGGCACAGGAUCAACUAAAGGCUAAAGUACAGGAUGAAGUGGUGCCUAAGGUACAGGAUGAACCAAAGGCUAAAGUGCAGAAUGAAGUGGUGCAUAAGGUACAAGAUGAACCAAAGGCUAAAGUGCAGGAUGAUGAAGUGGUGCCUAAGGUACAGGAUCAACCAAAGGCUAAAGUACAGGAAGAUGAAGUUUUUGUGCCUAAGGUACAGGAUCAACCAAAGGCUAAAGUACAGGAUGAUGAAGUUUUUGUGCUUAAGGCACAGGAUGAACUUAAGGGUAACGUGCAGGAUGAAGUGGUGCCUAAGGUACAGAAUGAAGCGGACACUAAAGUACAAGAUAAAGAGAAGACUACAGUAUUGAUAAUGGAAGCUGAGGAACACGAAGUGGAGCUUGUGAUUUCGUCUCCAAAGCGCUUGACUCCACUGAACCUGGUACAUCAUGAUAUUGAUGAUGAAGAAAGUGACAGUGAGGACGAGGAGGAGGAAGUAGCUCCAAGGGAAGCUGAAGAGGAAGGUGCUGAUUUGGGUACACCUCUAGGUUACGGAGGCGGUGCUAACUUUGACGAAGAACAAGCUGAUUUUGCAUCGCAUCGUUUUCUGGGUCCAAGUGUAGCAACGGAUCCGAGUUCAGUUCGUGCGUUACACAGCUUACGUCGUGUUGCACUUCACGACAAGCCGCCUCGCUUUGUUAGUGAGGCACCAGUGAUUACAGCUAGAACUGCCAGCUUGACGAGCAGCGGCGAGUCUUCAGGACGGAACUCGUCCAGUGCAACUGUAACUUACACUUCUGAUGGCUUACGCUCGCAAUCUGAAGCCGGUUUCGUGGAAAACAUGCUCAACACUUACACUUUAACGUUUACUGAGCCUGUGCUUGGUUUCGAUACGAACAUUGUCAUGUCAUUAGAGAACGAGUUAAUGGUCGAAGUCUGGAGUGUAGAGAAGGACAGUCCUGCACAGCGUGGCGGUGUGGUAGUGGGUGACAAUCUGAUCAGCGUGAAUGGGCAGCACAUCGAGCCACACAUGACAAAGGAGCAGGUACUUAAGAUGAUUGAAGCCUCUACGAUUCCACGAACGCUCCUGUUCCAGCGUGACAUGCACGACAAGGAUCCGUCGCAGUCGAAAAGUCUGCCUGACAAGAAGCUCGUAACUGCAAAACCUCUAAUGGGGCGUCUGGGUGCAGCAAUGAGCCAAGGAGCGUCCUUGAUUGGCUCCAGGUUGAAGCGUAAGAAAACGCUCGUGCAUGAGAAUUCGUUCUGCGAUGGCUGUGGCAUGGAUCCGAUCACUGGUGCGCUCUGGACGUGCAGCGUAUGCUCCAACUAUAACUUGUGCAACGAGUGUUAUGACGUCGGCACGCAUGGCAUGGAAAACACGGAGCAGAUGCAGGCACUCAAUGAGGCCAUUGUGCAGUAUAAGCUACAGAAGAAGUGCAAGCAUUUCACGCCCGAGUUUUUUCUGUCGCUCCGCCGCGAUAUUUGUAAGGGACGACCAGACAAGUUUGAGUACUUGGGUGAAUGGAUUGCAAACAUUGUGGUGGGCACGUCUACAGCAAAAAUUACAGUACGAGGUAUUGAGAUUCCAUCCCUUCCACCUGCUGCGCGUCAACGAUUCGUGUCACAUCUUAUGCCGCUAGUGUCUAAUCGAACGGAUAUCGAAGUAAACAUUGAAUGGCUGCCUGAUGAAGCGGAUCCAUCUAGCGCAGCUGGUCGCCCAAGCGUGGAUCGAAUGAGUGUUGGUGUAUAUGGCAGUGAAGAAGAAGACGACGAUGGCGUUGGUAACGUUCCGGACAAUUUAGAAAAGCUACGUAUUUGGAUUUCCGACAAAAAGACACGCACGACGUCACCAUUUGCGUGA